UUCGUGAAAAAGAACAGUUUUGCUAUUUGGACGAAGUUAAAAUAAAUAUAUUUUAACCAAGUUAGUUAUUUCCACUGAAAAGAUAACAGCUUAAUUAUAGAAUAAACAAGUUAGCUGUCAGGAUUAGCUCUUUUGAGCAUUUCCGGCUAACCAACAUUCAGCAAACAUGGCGGUGUCCUUGAGCGGCGCAGGCAGCGUGAGGCUCCUGGGUUCUUUAACCAGGGCCGGAUCAUUAUUCAGCUCCUCUGGAAGCAGAAGCCUCCAUGUUACUUCAGUGUGUUGCAAGAAUCGAGCUGCCCGCAUCCGAGUGGGGAAAGGAGACAAACCUUUGACCUAUGAGCAAGCACUUCACCCUCAUCACAUUGGUCAUCGCAAGGGAUGGUUGUCGCAGCAUACCAGUAACCUAAAAGGAGAAGAGGGAGCAGCUGAACGCUCUGUAGAGGAUGUGUUCGUAAGGAGGUUCAUAUUCGGGACCUUCCAUGGCUGCCUGGCAAAUGAGAUUGUGAUCAAAAGACGCGGCAACUUGCUCAUCGUGUGCGCUUUAAUGCUACAGAAGCUCCCGCCGCAGAAGUUCUACUUCUUAAUUGGCUACACCGAGUCACUACUGUCGCACUUUUACAAAUGUCCCGUCAAACUAGAGAUUCAGACCCUGCAGGAGAAAGCUGUGUACAAGUACCUCUGAUGAAUCUGCUUUAAAACAAUAUAUAAAUGUAUGAUUUUGUUCCCUUUUCCAUUCCUGCUGAAUGAGUGUUACCACCCGUUUCCUGUUUUCCCCAAGCGACUUUUUUUUUUUUUCAAUUAAAGCUUCCAAAUGAAAGAAAAGUGUUUGAGUAUCGUGACACAUUAUGCUUGAAAAUAUAACAAUCUAAAGCCAAGAAUUAAUUUCCAAAUGAUAUAUCACUGGUUUGCUGUGUUGCCAAAUUGUUGUGUUUUGACCCUUAGAGUCACAGUGCAUGGUCAGUGAAGGGCAGUACAGAUACAAAUAAUGAAUACAAUGUAAUGGUCCAUAGUUUGCUGCUGCAUGGAAAAACUAGGAUUGGUGAUUAUUUGUAACAAUUCAUUCUCUUUAAGUGAAAUUUCCUAACCAAACGUUUCACAUCUUAAACAUGCAAUGCUCAGUCAACUCCCUCAAUAUAGCAGUAGUCUAGUGGCAGAAACUAUGGGCAGAGAAGGUCUCUGGUACGUCUCCGGUUCGACUCCACGGAGAGACAACAAAAGACGAACCUGGAUUGAUCUGUCCAAAAAUCCAAGAGUCUCCCUACCCUGUCUAGUGCCCCUGAGCAAGGCACCUUACUUCCCCAACAUCUGCUCCCCGAGCGCCGUACAUGGUCGCUCACUGCUCUGUGUCCUGCACACAGAUGGGUUAAAUGCAGAGGUUAAAUUUACCUACCAUUGCAUGAGUGUGUUGUACAUGUCUGUGCAUGUGUUUGGUAUAAAUAAACAUAUCUUAAUCUUAAAAUCUUAA